ACUCGUUGUGCAGUAUAUUGCUCUUUGAUACUGCUGUGUUAACAUGGUUAAGGGGCCUAAGCUGUGCUUUACCGUUAUCCUUUCCGUCCUGUGAUGUUCCGAAUUGUACCAUUAUAGUCAUGCACUGUGAAUUGGUCUGUAUACUGCUAAUCUAAUAUAAGGCUAGAUAUUUUCUCUAUACUGAGAGGGUUAGCUAUAGACGUAGAAAUGGAAGCAGAGCAAUACAUGAAGUUUAAUUCAAGACGGUCGCCCGUUCUCGCGACCCGAGGAUGCGUUGCGUCUAGUCAACCAAUGGCUUCCAAAUCAGGAGUUGACAUUUUGGAAGCUGGGGGGAACGCCGCGGAUGCUGCCGUUGCCAUGGCAGCGGUCCUCAACGUUACCGACCCAGCGUCCACGGGAAUUGGAGGGGACUGCUUUGCCCUCUUCUAUGAUGCUAGCUCAAACACUGUCAAAGGAAUUAAUGGCAGUGGGAGAAGUGCGAUAGAUGUAUCUCUUGAGACCUACACCCAUCUUGGUUUCAGUGAUAAUAACCGUCCUCCUCGACACCAUGGUCUUCAUGUCACUGUUCCGGGGGCAGCGGCUGGAUGGGUAGAUACUAUCGAGACAUUUGGCUCAAAGAAGCUCACUUUACAACAAAUACUGCAACCUGCCAUUGCACUUGCCGAAGGAGGGUUUGCAGUGCAUCCUAUAUCUGCCAAUCAUUGGAAAGAGGGAGUCGAUUCAUUGAAGAGAGAGAGCAACCCCCAUGGCCACACUAUGCUCCUGGGGAAACGACCUCCAAGGACAGGAGAUAUCAUGCGAAUGCCACUCUUGGCUAAAACAUUCAAGACCCUUGCGGCCUGUGGUAAGAGAGGUUUCUACGAAGGUCAUGUUGCAGAGGCCAUAGUUGAUAUCAUCCAGUCUAAUGGCGGCAGACUCUCAUUGGCCGACCUCAAAGGUCACAGGUCAACCUUUGAAGAUCCAAUCAAUACGAGUUAUCACGGAGUACGUGUUUGGGAGCUUCCACCGAACGGCCAGGGAAUAACCACCCUUAUGGCUCUCAAUAUCCUUGAGGAUUUUGAUCUGAAAGAAAUGGGGCACGGCAGUCCAGAGUACCUUCAUCACAUAAUCGAAGCAUUAAAACUUAGUUUUGCUGACAGCUUAGAGUUUUGUGCAGAUCCUAAUAAGGAGAGAGUGCCAACCGAAGAGUUACUCUCAAAGACAUAUGCUUCCAGUCGGCGAAAUCUCCUGGACCCAAAGAGGGCCAGUAGUCUGGUAACUCAAGGAAAUCCUUAUCCUUUUAGUGGGGAUACAGUUUACUUGUCUGUGGUAGACAAUGGCGGCAAUGCUUGCUCGUUCAUCAAUAGUAAUUUCUUACGCUUCGGAACAGGCCUCAUUCCCAAAGAUUGUGGCUUUGCACUUCAGUGUCGAGGGAUGAAUUUCCGCUUACUCGAGGGACAUUUGAACUGUAUAGCAGGAGGUAAACGCCCCUAUCAUACAACCAUUCCUUCUAUGAUUACCAGUGCAGAGGAUAAUAAUCAACUUUUAGCAACUUUUGGUGUCAUGGGAGGAUUCAUGCAACCACAGGGUCAAGUACAGGUACUUCUGAACAUGGUAGAAUUCGGCAUGAACCCUCAGUUGGCGUUAGACAGCCCUCGUCUUUGCCUCAGAAUCGAUCAGCAAGCCAAGAUGGGUCAAGAUCUUGUUCAUCUGGAAGAAUCGUUCCCAUCCUCGACCUUUGAUGCUUUAUGGUCAAAAGGUCAUAAGGUCAAAUCUAUGUCGGGAUUCGAGAGGGAGAUGUUUGGGCGUGGUCAAGUCAUAACAAAGGGAGAUUGGUGGAGUGCCGAGACGCAUUGUGGGGAAGGUGAAAGAUCACAGGUUUUGUGGGCGGGGUCUGACCCGAGAGGAGACGGCAUGGCAGUAGGAAUGUAGGUAAAAUUAUCUGUUCACCUCAGGAAAGUAAACAGUUCCUGAUGCAGAGCUAUGUAGUGGUGGAAGCUCCAUAUGCUCGAUCGAUGCAUGAUACACACGCACACUCUUUUUUCCCCUUGACUCUAUCCUCAAGAUAAAGCCUCUCGACAAGAUGGUCAAAUCCAUGUUAGUAUGAGAAUAUUUGAAGCAAUAUUUUCUGUAUCAAUGUUUCAUUUUAUCAUGAAAUCACACUCUUCCUUUGAUUUAACCAUCACCAUUAUCUCCAUCAUGACCAUCAUCAUUUCCAUAGCUUUCAUCUUCACCAUUGUCACAUUCAACCUCAUCCAUCUUCAUCUUCAUUAUGAACUGAUGUUUUCGUAUAUGAAAAUAUACCCAUUCUGCUGUAUCAAUGUAUCAAAUCAUUUUAAUAAGUUUGAAUCUGUUGUUGUCAUUUUUUCAAGCAAUCUCCUUGAUGACAAUCCUAUUUUGCUAAUUGUAAAUGUUGUAAUUGGUAGUGGAUCAUUUGUGUCGAAUUGUGUGUGUGAGGGUGUAUGAGGCUGUGUGGGUAUGUGUGUGAGGGAGGGUGUGUGUGUGUUGAGUGAUAAUUUAGUAUACUUUAUCUAUGAUUCAUGCCAGGAGCAGUAAACAAUUUUGUUUGUUAUGAUAUGAAAAAUGUUUAUUAACGAAUUAUAUGAAUGUACGCAGAAGAGAAUUAAAUCAAAACGAAUUCGACUUGU